GUUUAUUGUGUUACUUCAAUGAUUGCAUAUGGUACUAAAAUACGUUGUGCUCACAAAACAUUGAACAGUUUAUUUCUUGUGGAAUUUUGAAAGCUUAUCUUCUGUGAAAUGAAGAAUGUGAUACGGGCUUUUGUUAUACUCAGUGUAUUUAUAGCUGAGACAUUAGGGCGUAUUGAAAAAUGUGAUUAUUUGGAUACCGUCGAUCUGACAUACAGCAGGAAAUUUGAAAAUGGGUCGUACCUAUACGAAGAUAUAAUAAUACCAAAGGAAGAAACUGGAGAAUACAACUACCAAAUUCUAUUUAAUGGGAAAACUGAAAUAAUUCCCAACCACAUAAGGGGCUGCAUUUGCCACAUAAAGACCUGCAUUCGGUUUUGUUGUAACCCAAAUCAAACUCUUGUGCAGGAUAAACGAGAAUGCGGAAAUGUCGACCAGAAUUUACAUUACAACUCUUUCUUAAACAUAACUUAUAAUGAAACUCAAAUUAAACAUGUUAAUGUCUUGGAGUUUAUGGUGCAACAACAUCUUCCUGUACCUUGUGACGAUCAUUUACCCCUUAACCCUGACAAUCCAAAUCACGAGUGGACUUUGUUUGAGGAUGGCAUUCUUCUGAGGCAUUUCGAUGGCGCUCAACUUUCAAAAGCGGAUUAUUGCUUACAGCCUCAAAAAUUUCAGAAUACUUACAGGCUUGUACCGCAUCAUUGCCUAAUUCCCCCUGACCUUACUAACGCAUAUAUCCAAUCUGUAUCGAUAUUCUUCUAUAUUAUGGUUAUAUUUGUAUAUCUGCUAUUGCCAUGUUUUAAAGGUGUUUAUCGACAAUGCUGCUUAUGUUAUUUUGGGUGCCUGACUCUAACUUUUAUACUUAUUGUUAUGAUAAGAUUUGAUUGGAUAAAGUCAAAUCAAGUAUUAUUGUGCAAACUAACAGGAUAUAUUGGGUACUACAUUACAAUUUCCACGUUUCUCUGGCUUUUAAUUAUAAACUAUGAUUUAUGGAAAACAUUUAACAACAUUGGGAUAAGUCACGGGUCAAAAUUUUACAAAUAUAACAUCUUUGUUUGGGGCGUUGCAGCAGUACAACUUUUAUUAACACUUUUUGCUGAUUUUGUAAUUGGAAAUUCAAACUGGUCACCUAAUGUCGGAGAAUAUUUUUGUUGGAUUGACACCUCAGCUUGGUCGUCGAUAAUCUACUAUUAUGGUCCAAUUAGUAUUUACUUAACAUUCAACACAACGCUAUUUAUUAUUACCGCCUCUAAGAUAUUCUUUCAAAAUAGGACCAAUAGACGUCAGCUAACCCAAUCGGACCGUCAACGAAAUUUGAGGACUCUGACUAAUUUUGGAACAUUUUUCCGGCUCUUUGUCAUUAUGGGCGUCUUCUGGAUACUUGAAAUCAUUUCCUAUUUUGGACAAAUGUUCGACAUAUCAAUGCAGAUUAUUGAUGUGAUUUCUUGUGGUCAAGGUAUCAUUUUAUUUAUAGCAACAAUUUUGAAAAGAGAUGUGUUGAAAGCGUUGGCUAAUCGACUUCGUAUCGGAAAUACCAAAGUUAAAAAGUCACAAAGUGGUGUGUCCACAACAUCAGCCAGAAUGGAAAUAGUUUUAUCGUCACAACCAAUUCUAACUAAAGGCAUCGAAGAACCUCAUUUAUAAGAGAAUAUACAUUGUUAGAAAAUUUACUUAUUAUUUGUUUUAUUAAUUUUUUUUUUUGUUAAUCACUUAAUAAAAGAAC